AUCCUCCUCCACUCUCUUCAAAAACCAAAGCAAACAAACAAGUCUCAAGAAAUCAACCAACCAAAGCAAAAAUGGCUUCCUCCAAGCUCAGAAAGACAUGUUCCUUCACAAACCUUCUCCUUAGCUUUUUGAAUUUCUCUCUCUUUAUCCUCUCAGCAUCCUCAUUUGCACCCACAAUUCUCCUCAAGAUGCCCCCAACCUCUUUUGGCCUGGCUCUCCUUAUGGUCUCUGGCAUAUCACUUCUCUCAUCUUUUGUGGGCUUCUACUCCCAGCUCACACACUUCUGUUUCCUCACCCACAUUUCACUUCUAUUAGCCUCCUUGAUAGGACAAGUGUUGAGUAUAUUGGCCUUGUUCACAAAAGAGAAAGCAAGCAUGUCUCUGCUUAAGUCACCAAGGGACCCCAAAGAAGCCAAACUUUUGGUGAGGCUAGAAUGUGGGGCUUUGGUGGCAAUGUGCAUGUUGCAGUGUGUGGUGUUGAUGCUGAGUUGUGCAGUGCAUAGUUGUUGGGUGAAGGAUUAUGAGGAACUGAAUGCAGAGAGAGAGGCCUCAGCAAGGAAGAGGAGUAGAAGGAUUGCUGAAGUGCAAGAGGAGUCCAUGGCUAAUGCAACCAAGAUGGCAGAAAUGAAAGCUAAAGAAUUGGAUGAGAAAAUGAAAAACAAUUAUGGGAAAUGGGUGAAGACUGAUUUUGAACCCUGAUGCUGAGGUUUUUCAACCUUGUACUAGUAGUGCAGAUAUUUGCAUUAUUGUUUGUUCAUUUGUUGGUGUUGGUUGUUUAAGGUCACUGUAAGGGUGGCCAUUGAAUUGAACUAGUGUGUGCCUCGCACUUGUUUUUCAUAUAUAAUUUAUCCACCUAUUUUAUUUUA